UUGCAUACUGCUGUUCUUAAACUACCUAUGUAUUGGUUGAAUUUUCCCCGGUUCAGCUGGAUAUUUUCUGGUUGGAUUGUGUGUGCGUGCGCGUGGUGCCGAUUAAAUUCUGGCUGUUGAAUGAAUGGUGCCGAUUAAAUUCAGGCUGAUAAUUAUUUGGUGCCGAUUGAAUUCUGGCUGAGGAAUGUUUUGUGCCGAUUGAAUUCUGGCCGUCGAUUUAAUGAUGCCGAUUAAAUUCAGGCAAUUAGUGAUUUGAUAAAUAAGAAAAAAGAUAGCUUAAAUGUGUGUUAGAGUGGAACGGUCUCUUUAAGAGAUUUUGUUUUGAUUUCUUUUAACAGUGAAUAAAUUUUCAAAAUGACGGGUCCUCCGCUAGAUGGAGCUGGACAGGUUCCUCCGGUGCCGUCACCGGUCUUCAGUCCAGCCUCGUACAACCUGCCCAACUUCAAAUACAUACAUCUUCCGCCGUCUGAAGUUCGUAAUGCGUGGAUUUCAUGGAUACGAUGGUUCGAGAGUAUUAUGGCCGCAGCUGGGGUCAUCGACAGUCUAACCAAGAAGAUGCAACUCAUGGCAAUGGGUGGUGCAGAACUGCAGUCGGCAUAUUACGGCUUGCCGAACGUAGAACCGGUUGGACCGACCGUAACGCCGUACGAAGACGCCAAGGAGAAGUUAGAUCAACAUUUUUCACCGAAACAUCACGACAGUUUUGAGCGGUUCUUAUUUUGGUCGAUGCAUCCUGCGGAAGACGAGUCCAUUGAAAAGUUUUGUCUUCGGGUCCAGCAAAAAGCCGAGAAGUGCUAUUUUGGCAAAACCGACACCGAAAGUCGCCACAUUGCGAUUCUGGACAAAAUCAUCCAGUACUCUUCAGAGGAAUUGAGACAAAAGCUGCUGGAAAAGGAAAAACUGACCCUCGACGAUGCCAUGAAAACCGUAAACGCUCAUCAGUCGGUUCGUUACCAGGCCGAGAAGAUGUCAAGCAACGUGACAAACAAAGCACCGACUCCAACGGUCGUCAACCGUAUGUAUGACGGCAACCGGAAAGAUGGAGAGAGCUCUGGUUCACAACGCGGUUGCCGGCAGUGCGGCUACCCAUCGCACCGAAACGGAGAAUCGUGUCCAGCUGCCGACCGAAAGUGCCUCCGCUGCAAUCAUGUAGCGACUGACGAAAUCUGUAUUAGGUGCCAAACGAUCGGAAGCGCAAACCGGUUUUCCAAAACCGGAAUCAACAAGCUCCAGCAAGAGCUCCAGCAAAACGGUAUCGUUCCGAUUCGAGCCGUAACGCAUUUCGUGUCGAAGAAUACUCCUCCGAUUGCGAAACCGAAGAUCUCCCUUGCUAUAAUGUUGGGGAAGCCGAUGAUGAACUGA